AUGUCGGUUGUGGAUAAAAUACAGCAUUAUCAACGCAGUAUUGAAAGAUGCUCCGGCGACGAGAAAAGGAUGAUGCAUUGCAUCUCGAAAUUGUACAACUUGCCUGUGACGGUACAGCACCUCCAAGUGACGGGUGUAGGUCGUACAGUAAAUGCAUUGCGAAAAUAUGAUGGCGACGUAGGAGAAGCUUCUAAGGCAUUGGUAGCUAAGUGGAAAAGCAUGGUAGCAGAUGAAGAUUCUAGCGAAGCAGACGAAGAAGACGAAGGCUGUGAACCAGAUGCUUCAGAUACUUAUGACGAUAGUGCCGAAUCUCCCAAACAUAAUAAAGUCAUAAAUAUGGAUAAAAAAGAAUCAAGUCAAAAGAAUCAAGAAGCACGGGAAAGACAUAAGAAUAUUACAAAUAAAAGUGAUUCAUCCAAACAUAGUUCAAAAAAUGCAAGUUCAGAGAAUGUAAAAGCUAAAAAUAAUGAAAAUAAAUCACCACCGACAAAAAGUCAAGAAAACCAAGAGGGAAAACAUGAUUCUAAACAUGCCAAAGAUCGGCACGAUUCCAAACAUAGAUCUAAAAGUGAGGAAAAAUCAAAAAGUGCCAGUAACCCAAAAAGUGAUUCAGACUUUAAAGAUAAAAAAUAUGAGUCAAAAGAUAAGAGCAAAGUUAAAUCUGAGGAUUCGCGAAAAGAUAUAGGAAAAGUUUCUAGUAGUAGUAGUAGUGGAUUAAAUAAACAAGUCGUAGAAAGUAACGACGAUUCUAGAAAAAGAAAAGUAAGCUCUUCUAGUGAUAGGCAUUUCAAGAAGAAAAGGAGAAGCGAUGAAGUAGAAAAUGUAGAUGAAAUUGAGAAUCAGCAGUCAAAUUCGGAAGAAGAUGAUUUCACAGCCCUGCCAAAUGUGAGUCAAGAGUCAGAGUCUGAGGAAGACGUUUCAAAUAUUUGUAUUAAACAAGAACCGUUAUCACCUUCACCCAAAGCUACAAAUGAAUUGCAUGAUCAUAAAAGUGAAGACAAAAAUAUGAAAGACAAAUCUAAGGAUAAUUCUGGUAAGUCAAAAUCAAGUAAAUCUAAAUCCACGAAUGAAGACGUUAAGAAACAUGAGAAUAGUAAACACAAAGAUAAAAGUAGUAAGUCAGAUGACCAUAGAAAAAGUGAAAAACGAAAAGAAGAGUGCCAUUCUUCCACUAAAGAAUCUAAGUCAAAAAAUCAACCUAGUUCCUCUAGUAUUGAAAGUAAAAGUAAAAGUAGCGAAAAACAUCACAAUGAGAAAGAUGAAAAAAGCAGGUCAUCGAAGGAUGCUAAUAAGAGUAAUACAAAGGAAUUAAAAGAAAAAAAGAAAGUGAAACAAGAAAUCAAUGGGGAUGAAGGCAUAGACUGCUAUUCUGGUGCAAGUUUUGCAGAGGCUUUAGGCAUGUGUACAAAGUCACUGAAUGUUCGAAAGCGAAAUAGUUCUCCAGUAUUGGUUAAAACGAUUAAAACCGAACCAGGAACUUCAACGGUAUCAAGUAGUCGGUCACCUAUGAAAGUGAAGACAAAACCUACGUCCAGUACCGAUGUCAGCGAACCGCUGUCCCUUUUAGGACCAAACGUGAAAUUGGAACCAUUAAGUGUAGACUUAGCAUCCACAUUACCAGAAAUAAGUCCAAAUUACAAGCCUCUGCCUCACAUCACUCCUGUUCACCGCAAACAGGAAGAGGACACAGCUCUUACUAAAGUGAUAUAUGCUAAGAAUCAAAGGACAAAGGUAUUUUCCGGAAAUAAGACAGGAUAUACAAUUGUGCCUACCCUUUACGAAUUAUGUAUUAGAGUGCUGAUAGAAAACAUUGAAGCACUUGAAUUUACUGGAGGAGUACCGUUUUAUAUAUUGAAACCAGUGUUGGAAAGAGCGACGUCGGACCAAUUAUUUAUGUUAGAACACCAUAAUCCGUACCUGGUCGAAGAUACGGAUGCCUUAUGGCAAUUCCACUGCAAUCGAGAGUUUAGAAAUAAACAGCGUGAGGAAAUGGAAACCUGGCGGGAGAUGUAUAUGCGUUGCUUAGAUGAAAGGGAGGCUAAAUUGAAGGCACUAACGGCGAACAUUAAACAGUCCAUCGAUAACUCACUUCCAGUAAGAUCGACCAAACUUGCGUAUGUGGACAACGUUGUGAAACCUCCACGUAAUGUUCUAAGAAAGCAAGCGAAAUACGGUACAGCAAAAGCGACGCCAACAUCUACCUCAGAUCUGAAGAACAAAUUGAUAAUGGGUGGUGGAAACAAUGCUGCGACCAACAUUUCUGUUCCGCCACCACCUAUGUCUCGAAUAAAAACUUCAACGUCCACCAUAGUAAAGAAGACGAAGGCUCCACUCAUGGCGAAGGCGCUUCAAUUAAUAAAAGGACGUUACAAGCGGUAGAUAUGGUACAAGUUGCAGCUAGGAUUUCUGAACUCAGAAUCUUUAGUUAAUUUAUUUUGUCAUAGAUCCCGCUCGGUUAAUAUGUUUGUCAAUUGUAGUAUCGAAAUUGCUGGGCUGUUUUCAGCCACGAUUUGUACAUACAGUUCUACUCGAGGUAGAGAAUUUUUACAUAUUUCGAGUAAUGAAUUUGAUCAAACGUCUAUAAAUACCCGUUACGAUUUAGCGUUUUACUCGUAUCAAGAUCUGUACGAUAUGGAACCGAAUAGAUAUACUUAAGUAAAGUUGAAAUUAAUUGCCGUUAUUGUAAUUGCUUGCAAUCGAAGCUUUUCAGCGAAUUUCUGGAAUACGUAAUCGCGCAAGCAGUGUAUAUUUUUUCCUCAUUUAUUUUUUUACUUUAAACUAGUGACUAAAAAAUAAAUCGUGUACAGUUCUAUCGUAUUUUUACGGUAUCGAAUAAGAAACAUUCGUUUUUUACUUACCGUUUCAAGCCAUCUAGGUGAUAUAAAUACGAAAUCGUAGUGAACUGUAAUCGUUGUAUGAAUAUAUAUUUUUUUUUGCUUGAUUUGUUCUCACAUGUGAAUUCAAUAUAAAAAAAUUAGAAGGAUUAUCUUAAAGUAAAUUAAAACGAGGAAUCAUAUACACGAUACAUUCAACGUCACCUAGGUUAUCUCGAAACCGUUUGUCAAGGUAUCGAUGUCAACUAUUUAGUCUUUUAAGUACCUAUUUUUUACUCAGUUUUUUUUUUUAAUUCUCUUUGAAUGCAAACAAUGACACCGGUAUUACGACGUUAUAUUAAACGUUAUACAUAAGAUAUAACUCAUCCAUUGAUGAAAUCUAAAAACGUAAUGUUUUCAACGAUUGGGAAGCCUUAGUUACUCGUCCAGGUAGUUUUCGAAUAUUUGUACAUAUGAGACAGAACAAUGGCUAGGCAUGUAAACGGGAAGCGACCUUUAAGAUCUCGUUUCACUCUUGCAUUUAAAACUUCCUCUUAUGAGUCCCGGAUUAUGAUAAGUAUCAAAUCAAUAGCGAAUUGAAUGAUUGUCACGAACAAAUGAUUUUAAAAAUGUAUUUGCAUGGUUCAAAUGUCCUUCUCGAACAAGAUAUGUUAAUUAUCAGUCUAAAAUAGUUGGCCACAAAUUAAGACUUUAAUUAUCCGAUCAAACCUUAUAUCACAGAACAAAUACAGGGUGAUUUUUGUUUAACAUCAUGUAUUCAUUA